CAUGGCGACUCGAGAGUUGGACGACCACGACUCGACAAACCAGGAAGACUAUCCGACCGACGCUCAGGAGAGCACUUUGCGCCGCGUGCCCGAUCGCAUUCCCUGGGUCGUCCUUCUCAUUCUCAUUGUUGAGCUAGGCGAAAGAUUCACAUACUUUGGCUUGAGUGCACCAAUUCAGAACUACAUCAACUCAGGNAACCCGCAUCAGCCCGGAUCAGAUCUUCCGGGUGCGCUAGGUAAAGGCCAGGCCGUGGCAACCGCAUUGGGCAACUUCUUCAAGUUCUGGGCUUACGCUUCCACGGUGAUUGGUGCCAUCAUUGCCGACCAAUACCUUGGUCGAUUCAAGACCAUCGCAGUAGCAUGCGGAGUGUACAUUGUCGGGCUUGUCAUCCUGGUCGCGACCUCCACACCAGCAGGCAUCGAGUCAGGUGCAGGAUUCGGCGGUCUCAUCGCUGCCAUGGUCGUGAUCGGCAUGGGCACUGGAAGCAUCAAGGCCAAUGUCACCCCCAUGUGCGCUGAGCAAUACCGACCAGAAACAGCUUACGUCAAGACGCUCAAGUCAGGCGAACGUGUAGUUGUUGACCCUGGGCUGACAGUCGAGCGAAUGUUCAACUGCCAUCGAGCUGACUUGAGCCAGNNGUUCUAUUGGGCUGUCAACGUUGGCGCGCUCUCGCCGUUGAUCACGGUGAAUGUUGAAGCACACGUCUCUUUCUGGGCUGCUUACCUGAUUCCUCUGNNUGUCAUUGUGGUUUGCGCGGUGGUGUUCAUCCUAAGCAGCAAAUUAUUCGUCAAAACGCCGCCGCACGGAUCAGCUGUAAUUGAUGCCGUCCGGAUCGUGACCAUCGCAGCCAAAGAAGGAGGAUUUGAGAAAGCAAAGCCGAGUACCCUGCAAGCUCAAGGGACAAUNCAGCAGUAUCGCUUCGCUCAGUCGGCCAAUUACACAGACAAGUCCGUGAAGGAUGUGCAGUCUGGUAUUACCGCUUGCAAGUUCUUCUUGUUCCUUCCGCUAUAUUUUGUGUGCUGGAUCCAGAUCUGGAACAACCUUAUCUCGCAAGCUGGGGCGAUGGCGCUGCACGGUACCCCAAACGAUCUCUUGCAGAACCUUGACCCAAUUGCCCUGAUCAUCUUCAUUCCUCUGCUUGANCUGAUCAACCGAAGGGAUGCAUUGAGUAAACUGACUCUCCCACAAGUUGUGGUAUAUCCGUUGCUUCGCAAGUACAAGAUCAACUUCAGUCCCGUCUUGAAGAUGACUGCUGGGUUCUGGAUGGCUUCUUUUUCGAUGGUGUAUGCUGCAGUGCUUCAACACUACAUCUACAUCUCGCCUCCCAAUAGUAUCCAUGUCUGGAUCCAAGCUCCAGCAUACGUUUUUGUGGCUUUCUCCGAAGCCUUUGUGAUCAUCACUGGAUUGGAGCUGGCUUACACCAAAGCGCCAACAAGUCUGCGCUCCUUAGUGUCAGCCCUCUUCUGGCUUACAAUCGGCAUCGCAGCUGCGAUAUGCAUCGCCCUUGCACCCGUGUCUCAAGAUCCUUAUCUUGUCUGGAUGUAUGCUUCUCUUGGCAUAGUAGGCUUCCUCGGUGGCUUGGGGCUAUAUCUUUGCUUCCGAAACUCUUUCGACGAUGUGCCGAUCAUCACAGGCCAAGAGGCAGCCAAUGUGGAGCUUGAGGUGGCGAGUGUUGCCGAGCACGGAGGCAAGCUGAUGGUUGAUGAAGAAGGAUUGCGAAAG